AUGACUUGUUGCAGAGCUGCUGAGCAGUAGCCUUCGACAGCUGCAGCGGUCUGGCUGCCACGAGCUGGGCCUCUCCUGCCCCCAGGGAACCUCGAUCGCCCUCGUUUCGGCCAAGUACAGCAAGGAGGUCUUCUGUCCCGGGGUAGAGUACAACAGGAACUGCCCUCUUCCGAGCUCCUUGCAAUAUUCUCUGUUGCAGACAGCAAUUGAGAAAUGUCAGAAGAAGAGGCACUGCAAAUUGAAUCCAUCUUCAACCAGUUACGGAACUGACCCUUGCCCUUCCAAACCCAAGCAUCUACACGUCAUAUACACCUGCAGGCCUUAUGAGUUCCGAAGCAAGACAGCCUGCGAGAACGAGAUGGUCCAGUUACAGUGCGGCCCCAAUUCCAGACUGGCUAUCUACUCGGCCUCCUACGGCAGGACUCAAUACGAGAGUAUGCAGUGCCCUCAGCCCCAAGGGGUGCCUGAAGAGACUUGCCUGGCCGGCUACACGACCGAGACUGUCAUAGACUUGUGCCACGGAAAGCGGCGUUGCUCUCUGGCAGUGGACUCCUCGGUGUUCGGGAAGCCAUGUCAGAAGGAUUCCAAAGUAUACUUGAAGGUUGUCUACACUUGCGUGGCGAGGCAGGUGUUGCUGGUGAAGCUAGAACAGCCUUCAGAACCUGAUGAAUCCCCAGAUCCAGGAGAACCAUGGCCGGAUUACGACGAAGAAGAAGAAGCGGCUCCCAACACCAGCGGACACCGCAAUAAUGACUCAGGCAACCUCUACCAUAUUGAUUUUAUGCCAACUUAUCCCUCGGAUGAAGAGGACAAAUCAACAGGUAAAGUGUCCAGGGAAGUCCACUUGAGGCUGCAGAUCCUUCCUGAACAGGACGUCGUAAACUGUACAGUCAACAUCUACACCGACGGCCGCAGGUCGGUCAUCGGCUUCGUUUCCGAAUGGAUAUCGGUGUAUCAGUUUCUGUCAAAUAACAAGGAACGAUUGAGCCUCUACCUGGCAGUGUCCAUCGGUGGCGGCUUGGUCUGCAUCCUUAGCCUCCUUGCCAUCAGGCUGGCCUGGAGCAGUCGGAAGAGAUCACGUUCCCAGCAGCCGGUUCCUCCGUUCGUCGGGGAGCUCUACGAAGGAGAAACCGAUCUGGGUAUAGCAACACCACUUCCUCCGGAUCCAAGUGAGGUGGUGCGGUACGCUUCGGGCAACUCGCAGUAUUACUAUGGGUGA